GGGUGGCUGGGAGCGCGCGUGCACGGAAGCGGCUCAGGGCCCGGAGGCUCGGGGCGCGCGUGCGCAGAGAGGCUCCGGGCUCGCGCGGAGGCCUGGGGCGCGCGGGCGCGGGGCGGCGGGCGCGCGCACCUCUCUCCGCCCCUACCUGGCCGUGACGCCGGCACAAUGGCGGCUUCCGUACCCCCGCCGCGGCCCGUCACCCACCUGCUCUUUGACAUGGACGGCCUCCUUCUUGAUACCGAACGGCUGUAUUCGGUGGUGUUCCAAGAAAUAUGUGAUCGCUACGGAAAGAAAUACAGUUGGGACGUCAAGUCCCUUGUUAUGGGAAAGAAGGCAUCAGAGGCGGCACAGAUCAUAAUAGACGUCCUGCAGCUCCCGAUGACCAAAGAGGAGCUGCUGGAGGAAAGCCAGACGAAGUUGAAAGAGGUGUUCUCCACGGCUGCCCUGAUGCCAGGGGUGGAGAGACUGAUUCGCCAUCUGCGCCGGCACGGCGUGCCCCUGGCCGUGGCCACCAGCUCCAGCCGCGCAUCGUUUGACAUGAAGACCGGCAGACACCAGGCUUUCUUCGGCUUGUUUGACCACAUCGUGUUGGGGGAUGACCCCGAAGUGAACAACGGGAAGCCACAUCCCGACAUAUUUCUAGUCUGUGCCAAGAGGUUUUCCCCUGCUCCGCCCACCCACCAGUGCCUCGUCUUUGAAGACGCUCCCAACGGCGUGGACGCGGCCCUUGCAGCCGGCAUGCAGGUGGUCAUGGUUCCAGACCGAAAUCUGCAGCGCCAUUUGACGUCCAAGGCCACACUGGUGCUGGAUUCCCUGCAGGAUUUCCAGCCCGAGCUGUUUGGUUUGCCGCGCUACGAGUGAGCGGCCCGCCGUGGCCGCGGCGCCCACCUGGGUGACCCGUGGCACCCAGGCAAUCACCCCGUGAGCCAGCGGUCCUCCCAGCCCGUUAUGUGUGGCUUCCCAUCCCACGUGGGCUUGGCCUCCUCUGGCCCGUGCUGACAAACCGCGGCGUCACAGCUGAGACACGGCAAAGCAGAGACGGCCCGCAGCGCAGACCGAAACGCUCACGUGCAUAGUCGUAGAGCGCGUGAAUAAACACACAGUGUCUCGGUGUUUGAGGAAUCCUGUAGCAGUCACACACGGCAAAUGGACAGACGUACACAUGCUUGUGAGCGCCUGUGCAUGUAUGUAUAUGUGUGCGUAUGGACAAAUACAUGGGCGUUUAUAGGUAUGUGUUUACAUACGCCCGUGUGUAUGCAAAUACUAACGUGUCCACCACAAAAUGAAAUUAUAUGUGUGUUCAUUUCUGCCUGCCUUUGUAGUUUGUGUGUUUUUAUUUUGUCUUCUUUUGUUUUGUUUUAGAGAGAGGGAGAAAACCAUAAGCAGGGUCCACACUCAGCACAGAGCCCUAUGCAGGGCUCGAUCCCACAACCUGAGCUGAAAUCAAGGGUUACAGAUUCAACUGAAUGAGCCACCCAGGAGCCCCUCUUUUACUUUUUCUAAAUCCUAGCUGGAAAAUGUAAAAUAUGCAUACAUAUAUGUAUAUGGUUACGUAUAUAUAUAUGUAUAUAUGUAUGUACAUAUAUAUUUAUAUGUUUCCUAUGCUAUUUUCUUUCUUAAGUAUUGGUCGUAAUGUGCCAAAGGAGCUGAUAAACGUGAGAUGGUAAUCGCGUUUGUUCUGCAAUCUGAGUGGAAAAGCCAUGUCACGGAUGAGCCCUGAGAAAUCAUCCUCAUUAUCAGCAGAAUUCACAGUCCUUCUGUGCCCUCAGAACCUCUCUGUGCACCUCUACUCAGACACCACCUCUGAACCGUGACAUCCUGAGUUUCUUUUCAGUGUGAGCAUACCUGCAGCUCACAACUUAUUACGUGUACGUGCACGUCCACAUCGGAGGAUGUCCUUUCUACCUCAAAAAAAUAAAAAUAAAAAAAUCAUCCCCCGAGUCUAAAAACAUGUAUUCUUUCUAGCACAGUCUUCGAUGCACAUAUAACUUGAAUUCAGAGUGCAUGCUUACCACGACCGAGAGCCUUAUUAGCACAUUUUUGGAAUAAUUCUACUUUGGCAGUGAGCUCCUUUUAAUAGAUUUACUUGAUGUUUUGUGGUGGGAAAAUUGAGAAAGGCACUGGAAUAUGUGAGAAGAAUGCAAUCCCAGGGUGCAUCUGGCCUGCUGGUGUGUCACACAUGGUCGUUGAGCGAAUUUCCAAGUGCAAAUGGUGGAAAAAUGCUGGUGAUGUAUGUCAGGGUACAUCUGUUCGUGCUUUGCCUCCGGCUGUUGACCAGUUUUGUAUCCAUUCAGAAAUUCAUUUCACCAUUCACGAUCGCCAGUGUAUGGAUCCGCUCUCUGAAUUCUCCCUCAAGCUCCUUGUAACGUCUUACCGGAUCCCUCGCCAGUUAAUCAAGUUGAAUAAAAUCUUUGAUGCUGGUUCGA